AUGUCUUACAGAACGACAGUUCGGACCUUUGGCCCAUCUCCUGCUAGUGACAGUUUCCUCUUGAAAGGCCUGGAAGAUCCACCUGAGACUAUUUUUACCAAGGCAGCAGGCCAUUCUUCUAGCAGGGUAGAACUACGGAAUGUCAAGCCGAUUGCCUCCUACUCGUGGAUCGGAGGGCCGACACCUAGCAUCGCCGUUCCAGGUGAGGAAAGCUGGUUAAAAGGCUUGACGAUCAAACUUCUCCGCGGAUUUGGAGGACGACCACUGUUACGACCGUUCCCUGCCGACUCCGGUGUCCAUUACGUCGAUCGUAAUACAUCGUGUAUGGGACAUCGUUCGGCUCUCAUCCCCAUAUUUGCUGCUGUCGAUUCACUGCAUGACGACUUCCGGUAUCGUGACUUCGAUCUUGUGACGGACAGGAAUAACCUGCGCAAAUUGUUACGUUGCAUCGAUGGACAACAUGAAAAGACCUUCCGCAUUGAUCUCGAUGUGUUAGGGAAGACGUGUCUCUUUACACGCCGCGAAGAAACCCUGGAGGAGACUAUCACAGAAUUCCGUGGAUUUGGCCACGAUCACCAUCGCAUCAUCAGCUACGAUUUCGGAGGGCUUAAAGUAUUGCUUCGUUACGAGGUCGAUGCCUGUGUGGAGUCGGAAAGCGAGGACGAUUCUUUCCUCGCCUCCUUCUCCGCACUAAGCAUAGGGGCGACAGGAGGAGCGUCAACACUUCCUGACGAUUCAGCCUUCUCUAGCCGUUUCGGGAUGAAAGUAAAGCUGACUUCACCUCGCUCAGUUGUCCCUCAGUCGAGCGUGAUCGAGAUCACGACUAGAGCGGCACGCAGGGAACUGGACUGGAAAGAAGCCUACCCUCAGUUAUACCUGUCGCAAACACCUUACCUGUACUUGGCAAAGCACACACGUGGCACGUUCGGUCGAGUGGAGAAGUUUCAGAUCAAUAGUAAGGGGAUGGCAGCCCACGCCAGGGAGGCAGAAGCUUCGAUGGCUAAAUUGGAGGCACUUCUGAGUGCUAUUCUAAAGGCCGUACGAAAACAUGGCGAGGGAGUGCCUCUAAGCUUGGUGUAUCGUGCAGGGGAGCUAAAGUUGUAUAAGCGCAAACAAGGGACUAGACAACCUUUCGGGAAGGACAUUUUGAGCAAGUUUCCGCGUGUAGCUGCUACCUGAUGAAUUUGCUGGCAGUAGGAGGAAGGGAGAUAGGCGGAGGCAUGUGGAAGUAGGUUGAUGGAAGCAAUUGCAAGUAGUGUUUUCUGUCAGUUUUCCGGACAUCUUUUCGGUGCCUUCUGGUUGGAGCCGUUCCAUGUAAAUCGAGCUAUGCUUCACACUGCGACGCCCAUCGCGUUGUAUUGAAUACUAUCGAACGAGCCAGUCCUGACGUU